ACAAUGUUUAGUAAAUAUUUGUGUUGUGAUACAGAGCAAGAUAAACGGAUUUUGCCGAUCGUCUGAAUGUCAACUGAACAACAGUGUUCGGUAGAUCUUUGUACUGAAAACAUUGCGCAGCUACUAAUUUUUCAUACUUCAGAUACUUGUGUUAAAUUCAAUUACUGUUUAUUAUUUCCUAAACUAUUGGAACCUUCUUUGGAUUAUUAUUUUGUGUCAUAACUCGUUGUGUGUGGUUAAAAAAUCCAUUCAUUUGAUAUAAACCCAUCUUUUGUUAAAUAUCCAUACGUUAUGCAAAAGGUGUGAUUGAAACCAUUGGUUCGCUGGAAAAGUGAUUCUACUUCAUUAAAAGGCUUGAGUGAAAAAUGAGUGGAAAAUUUUGCUUUGCCAUUGAUCGUGGGGGCACCUUCACCGAUGUUAUGUGUAUUUGCCCAAAUGGAAAGGUUCGUACAUUGAAAUUGUUGUCCGUAGAUCCAGCACGAUACAAUGAUGCUCCGCGUGAGGGAAUACGACGUAUUUUGGCUGAGGAAACGAGCGAUUCACAAACAGCUGACGGUUUGGUAGAAACAAAGAAUAUCGGUUGGAUUCGGAUGGGUACAACUGUCGCAACGAAUGCUUUGCUUGAGCGGAAGGGUGAUCCCGUUGCUUUGGUGGUGAAUAAAGGAUUUCGUGAUUUACUGUACAUAGGAAAUCAAGCAAGACCGAAGAUUUUCGAUUUAAACAUUCGUAAACCGUCCAAUUUAUACCAAAAAGUAUUCGAAAUUGAUUGCCGCAUCGUUCCAGCCCAUCGCAAUCUCUGCAAAUUAGAUAAGAAUUGGAAAGCCUUAAAAGGUGUUGCUAACUCGGAGUAUUUAGAAAAAGAUGUAAUCGAUGAACAAGCGGUUCGUGCAGCACUGAAAGACGUUUUGGACAGUGGUAUUACAUCGUUAGCCAUUGUUUUGGCACACUCAUUUGCAUGUCCUGAACAUGAAGUACGAGUCGGUGCGAUUGCAAAGGAACUCGGUUUCAGUCACAUUACUUUGUCGCAUCAAGCGAUGCCAAUGAUUCGUUUAGUGAAUCGAGGAUACACAGCUUGUGCCGAAGCCUACUUAACUCCACAUGUCGAACGCUAUUUAGAGAGUUUUACCGCCGGAUUUAAAGAUAAAUUAAAUGGAGUGGAUGUGCUGUUCAUGCAAAGCGAUGGCGGUUUAACGAAUAUGGAAAGUUUCCGCGGUGCACGAGCUAUACUAAGCGGGCCAGCUGGUGGAGUAGUCGGUUAUGGUGUGACUGGGCCGAGAGACACGGACCAACCGUUGAUUGGUUUCGAUAUGGGUGGAACGUCAACGGAUGUGUCUCGUUUUGCUGAGGGAAAAUACGAGCAUGUUGUUGAAUCAACAACGGCCGGUGUCACAAUUCAAGCACCACAAUUGGAUAUUAAUACGGUUGCAGCAGGCGGUGGUUCGAUGCUCUUCUUUAGAUCCGGAUUAUUUGUCGUUGGACCAGAAUCGGCUUCAGCUCAUCCUGGACCAGCAUGCUACCGCAAAGGUGGACCUCUUACUGUGACUGAUGCCAACUUGGUGUUGGGUCGUCUGUUGCCUGAAUACUUCCCAAAAAUAUUCGGGCCAAAUGAGAAUGAGCCGCUGGACUAUGCGAUAACCAGACAGAAGUUUGAAGAGCUGCAAACGGAGAUUAAUGCAUUCUUAUUGGAAAAUGGACAAAGAACGACGCCGCUUUCAAUCGAAGAAAUUGCGAUCGGUAUGAUUCGCGUUGCGAACGAAGCAAUGUGUCGUCCAAUUCGUGCUUUGACGCAAUCCCGUGGUUAUGAUACAUCGAAACAUGUGUUGGCAUGUUUCGGAGGCGCUGGAGGUCAGCAUGCAUGCAGCAUUGCACGUGAUCUUGGAAUGUCGAAAAUCGUGAUUCAUAAAUAUGCUGGCAUUUUAUCUGCUUACGGAAUGGCGCUUGCAGAUGUCGUCUAUGAAGCACAAGAGCCAUGUGGUUUGGAAUAUAGUCUGUCAAAUGUGGAAGCUAUUUGCACACGAUUAAAUGCGCUUGCACUUCAGUGUCGUACAAACUUGCUAAAUCAGGGAUUUGACAAUGAUCACAUUGUGAUUGAGCCAUUUUUGCAUUUGAGAUACGAUUCAACCGAUACAGCACUCAUGUGCACUCCUUCGCUGGAUGCAAGCAGCACAGCCGAUUUGAGUGUAAACAUUCCAGAUUAUGGUGACUUUUAUGGAUCGUUCUUAAAAAGAUACCAAACGGAAUUUGGUUUUGUGAUCCGCGGCCGAAGAGUGAUUGUCGAUGAUAUUCGUGUGCGUGGAUCGGGUAAAUCGAAUACACCACAUGAGGAUGACAUUGAAUCCAGCAAAGAAUCACCGAAAAUUGUAAAUCGCGUGAAAACUUACUUUGACGGUGUUGGAUUAGUCGAAGUUGGUGUAGUUUUAUCAACUGACGUGUCGGCCGGUCACAUUUUGCAAGGCCCAUUGAUUCUCAUCGAUAAACUGUCCACGAUAUUGAUUGAACCAAAUUGCCGCGCGGAAGUUACGAAGAAAGGCGAUUUAAUUAUCAACGUAGAAUUGGAUGGCAAUUUGGUGAAAUGCGUUGACGACACACUCGACGCAGUUCAGUUGAGCAUUUUCAGUCAUCGCUUCAUGAGCAUUGCCGAACAAAUGGGUCGAAUUUUGCAAAGAACAUCUAUUUCUACGAAUAUCAAGGAACGUCUCGAUUUUUCAUGCGCCUUAUUUGGACCAGAUGGUGGGCUGGUUAGUAAUGCGCCUCAUAUUCCAGUGCAUUUGGGUGCGAUGCAAGAAACCGUACAGUAUCAACUGAAAGUUAGAGGCGAUACACUGAAGGCUGGAGAUGUUCUACUUUCCAAUCAUCCACAAGCGGGUGGGUCGCAUUUACCAGAUUUGACGGUGAUUACACCUGUUUUCUAUAAAAAUGAAAAGAAACCAGUUUUCUUUGUGGCAUCACGGGGUCAUCAUGCUGAUAUAGGAGGAAUCACUCCUGGUUCGAUGCCACCUCACUCAACAUCGCUCGCCCAAGAGGGAGCCGCUUUCAAGUCAUUUUUGUUGGUUGAAAGUGGUCAAUUCAAAGAAGAUGAAAUAAUCAAGGCUUUAACUACACCGACUGGUGUCAAAGGUGCAACCGGAACUAGAAAUCUUCCCGACAAUCUAUCAGACUUGAAAGCCCAAGUAGCAGCUAAUCAAAAGGGCAUUCAAUUAGUGUCCGAGCUCAUUGAUUCGUAUGGAUUGCGAAUUGUUCAAGCAUACAUGAAUUACAUUCAGCAGAAUGCUGAGGUCGCUGUGCGGGACAUGCUCAAAGAAAUUGCCCGAAAAACUCGUGAACGCACUGGCACAACAGAUCUAUAUGCAGAGGAGUAUAUGGAUGAUGGUUCACCAAUCAGAUUAAAAAUUACAAUUGACGAAGUGGCUGGGUCGGCACUGUGCGAUUUCACCGGGUCCGGUUAUCAAGUGUAUGGCAAUUGCAAUGCGCCGAGAGCUAUAACUCUUUCGGCGUUGAUUUAUUGCCUGCGCUGCAUGGUGGGCCAUGAUGUUCCAUUGAACCAAGGCUGUCUAAACCCGAUUAAAGUAAUUAUACCGAAAAAUUCCAUUUUGGAUCCGGCAGACGAUGCUGCAGUGGUUGGUGGAAAUGUGUUGACAUCACAGCGAAUCGUUGAUGUUGUUUUAUCGGCAUUUCAAGUAUGUGCGGCAUCCCAAGGAUGCAUGAACAAUAUAACACUUGGCGACGAACAAUUUGGCUAUUAUGAAACAGUGGCAGGUGGCAGUGGUGCAGGUCCAAGUUGGCAUGGAACAAGUGGCGUACACACACAUAUGACCAACACUCGAAUUACUGAUCCCGAAAUUCUUGAAAGUCGUUACCCGAUUAUUUUGAACAAAUUCUGCCUACGAACCGACCAGUCGGGUGGUCGAGGUAAAUUCAACGGUGGUGAAGGCAUCGAACGCGAGCUUUUGUUUAGGAAAUCGUUGACAUUGUCGGUGCUAACCGAACGUCGAGCUUUAAGACCGUACGGAAUGAAUGGGGGCGAGCCAGGGAAAAGCGGCAUAAAUUUAUUAAAAAAAUCAAACGGACAGAUCAUUUAUUUGGGCAGCAAAACGGCUGUAGAUAUCGAAACUGGAGACACAUUCGCACUGAAAACACCCGGCGGUGGUGGUUAUGGUCGAGCAGAUGAAAAGGGUCCAAAUGAAAGUGAUGCAGCUAUACAAACGUCAGAGUUUGUCGAACGUGGCAGUGUGUUUGAGUAUCGUCAAGCACAGGAAUCUGUUUGAGUCAACCAUUUGGAAUGCUGUACAAUCAAAUAAAUAGUUGUAACCAAUCAAUCUGAAAUGAAUGGUUUGGAGCGAAAAUGUAAUACAGAAAAGUUGAGCGGAAAAAUGUCAAAUGAAAAGGGAUAGCUAUAUAGUUAACUAUAGUUUACUAUACAGUUUACUAUAUAGCUAUCCCUUUUCCGCUCAUUCAUCAUCGACAUUUUUCCGCACAAAUUUUCUGUAUUACAUUUUCGCUCCAAACCAUUCAUAUAUGAAUGGAACUAUGUAAUUCUUUUGCUUGUGUGUAACAAAACUAAAGCAUAAAAAUAAAAUAAUUGCAAAUAAAUGUCUAAUUGCAAGAAAA